AUGGCCCCACCAAAGCCAUCCGCUAAAGGAGCUAAGAAGGCUGCCAAGACCCAGAAGCCAAAGACUGACAAGAAGAGAAAGCAUGCCAGAAAGGAAUCCUACUCCGUCUACAUCUACCGUGUCCUCAAGCAGGUUCACCCAGAUACUGGAGUCUCCUCGAAGGCCAUGUCCAUCAUGAACUCCUUCGUCAACGACGUCUUCGAGCGCAUCGCCUCCGAAGCUUCUCGUCUCGCCCACUACAACAAACGCUCCACCAUCUCAUCUCGUGAAAUCCAGACCGCCGUCCGUCUCAUCCUUCCAGGAGAGCUUGCCAAGCACGCCGUCUCCGAAGGAACCAAGGCUGUGACCAAGUACACCUCCAGCAAGUAA